AUGAGUGAUAGUAAUAAUAGUCAUCAUCAUCGUAGUAGUAGUGAAAAGAGAUCAUACCAUCAUGAUGGUGGUUAUAAUAAUUAUGGAAAUUCAAGAAGUGGAUCAUCAUCAUAUAGGAGACGAAAUUACAAGAAACAAAAAUAUCAAAACUACUCCGAUUCUUCUUCUUACACAAAUAAUAGUACAAAUUCAUCAUCUAAUGAUGAUAAUAAUGGAUCAUCUAAUAACAAUACUAAUACAUCAUCAUCAUCAUAUUCAACAGGAGGAGGAAACUAUUAUAAUAAUGAAAAUUAUAUUUCAAAAUAUCCAUUUGCCAUACGGAAUGUAACAGAUUAUAUUAAUCAACUAUCAUCUUCAAAUACAUCAUCAUCAUCAGAUAAUUUAAAUACCACCAAUGAUAAUAAUAAUAAUAAUACUACCACCUCCUCUUCCACCAAUAAUAAUAAUUUAGAUAAUAAUUUAAAUAAUAAUUUAAAUAAUAAUAAUUUAGAUAAUAAUAAUUUAGAUAAUAAUUUAAAUAAUUCAAGUCAAAAUGUAAUUAGAAAUUAUUUUUCCAAUUCUAAGAAGUAUCGUAAAAUUCCCAAAGGUUGGCCACAAGUAACACCCUUAUUUGGAGAAUUAAUACCCAAUACUAAAUUUAUUCCACUUAAAUGUCCAUUAAGUCCACAAUAUUUUAAAUAUCCAAAUAAUUCAUCCAUUUCAUUAAUACAAGAACAUUUUAAUACCAAAUAUGAACAAGAUAUUGGAUUAAUAAUUGAUUUAUGUUGUGUUGAAUUUUAUAAAAAGAAUGAUUUACCUUUAAAUAUGAAAUAUUUAUCAUAUUAUAUGAAUAUUCAUGAUUUAAAUAAGAAUUUAAAUGUAAAAUUAUUUACAGAACAAAUGGAUACAAUUGUAAAUGAUAUUGAUUUAUAUAUUUCUAAUAAUCCUACUAAAUAUAUUUUAAUUCAUUGUACACAUGGUUUAAAUAGAACUGGUUUUGUAAUUUGUUAUUAUUUAUUAAAAAAGAAAAUUAUUGAAAAUGUUGAACAAGCAAUUGAAAUAUUUAAAAUUCAUAGAAUGACACGUACUGGUUUAUAUAAUCCUUUUUUUAUUGAUUUACUUUUUGAAAUGUUUGAUCAAACUAAUUCUGAAAUGUAUCAAUUAAUGAAAUAUCCAGAUCCAAUUCAACAUUCACGUAAAUCUAUUAGAAAGGAAUUUUAUAAACCAUGGUUAAAAAGAAAUAAUCAUUUAGAAUGUUUUAAACAUUAUCAUAUUUUAAAAUCAAUUAAUUUAUUAAAUAAGAAUGAUAAUAAGGAUGAUAAGGAUGAUAAGGAUAGGAAUGAUAAUAGAGAUGAUAAUAGAGAUGAUAAUAAUGAUAAUAAUGAUAAUGAAGAAGGAACGAAGAAGAAUAUUUCAAAAACAGAUAAUGAUGAUUCAAGUACAAGAUUAUCAGAUGAUUUAGAUUCACUUAACAGUGAUAAGGAAGAAGAAGAAGAUUUGGAAGAAAUUGAUGAUGAGGAAAUGACAAGAAAAUAG